GAUGGUUGCGACACCCCCCACCACCUAUCGUUACGCGCCGUACCCCCUACCAUCAGCCGCAAGUGCUGCAGCACCGCAUCAUCUUUUAGCCCCAAUUGUAGCAACCACACCAAGUACAGCUGCAUAUCAGUAUGCAGCACCACCAACAGCAUCAGCUGUUUACGAUGUCAAAAGAGCACUUGCUGCUGCUGCAGCUGCUGCUGCAUACAGACCGCAUCCAGCAGCAGCAGCUGCUGCUGCAGCCUCGCGUGCAGCAACAUUGAGUUACUCAAUGAGCGAUUUACUUGGUGUUCAGGGAUUAGAUAUGGGAACUGUUUACCAUCCAAUACCGACUAUUGGUCUAUGACCCACGAUACUGACACCACUGUCAAGACCACAGUAAUGACAAGGGACGAGUUAAACCAUUUACACUUUGUUAUGGUUAUUUGAAGACUUGACUGAUACGCGACCAACGAACAUUCCAGACACUUUGGUGAUAUUAUUGGUUUAUUUGAGUUAUUAAGGAGACUAGAGUAGGAGAAAUGCAAAUUUGAGACUGUUCAAUGCGAUGUUCAGAAAUACUGUGAUCGUAGUGACAUUUAUUUAGAUGGGCCUGAUGGUGAUUCUGGUGAAUUUGACUCGAUUAAGGUCCAGGUACGAGUUGAUAGUGACAGAGCUCUCCUGAACCUUUCCAAGAUCUGAUUAUGUUCAACGUCGCCAGAAGAGCUUCUAGUGAUCAUGCUAGGAAAAUAGAAAACAGAGUAGAAUUUUCUUUACCAACUGGGGCCUCAAUAUAUUCCACAGUAGAUGAAUCCAGGAAAGCCUGAAAAUAAUGGAACCGAAAAGUAAAAAAAUUCUAAGACUGGUAGUGAAUAUAUUUCCUUAGGCGGUCAGAACCCGAGUAGAAUAUGGUAGACAAUAACAAAGUGUUCAAAAAAGAAAGCGAUUAUAAUAGAACAAGUGUGAAAAAGAGAGAUAAAAAAAAUAACGGGAAUUACGUUUCGAAGUUGCUCAAUAUCUUGCCCUAUCGUCGGGAACUGGGGUUCGAGUGUAGGAUCCAAUGAAUAUAAAUUUAAAGCAGUAUGGGUAUAUGGGCCAUCGAAGAGUCUUGGACGAUUUAUUAUCGAACCACGGUGUGAAUCGGUAACGACGGGAAAUAUACUAGUGAAUCUCACCCCUUCUAUCCUAUCCCCUCUACCCACCUGGCCCACCGAUCCACCCGUUAUUCCUCUUGAUAGAACUCCAACGAGGAGGGAAAGAAGGAUAAUAACUAUGCCAGCUACGAAGUACCUAAUUCAGUUUCACCGUAAGCCCACCGGCUAUAUCGAAUAAUUAAGUUCCGGCGUCUAUCACAAUUACCGCUAAAAGCACUUCAAUUAAAAUCCUAUGGAACUUAAUGCCUUCAGCCGGCGAAGCGUGUCCGUGGGGGUGGUUGGUUGGUGGCAACUACUGGGUUCUAAAAAAUGAGGGUAGGUGGGGGGACCUUUCAACUAUUAUGUAAAAAUGGUUUUUGGAAAGUUUGACAAACGUUUGAAAGGCUUUUGCAAAUCAGAAGUACUUUAAAAUGAAACAGCUUUAGAGUCAAAUACAGAAUGAAUUUUUUGAAACAACUUCGGGGGUUGAAACGCUCGAUCAUUUUUCCGGCGAUAAGUUGGGAAUGAAUUGGAUUUCAAUAUUUUGAAACAGCCCAGUGGCCUAAAAUCGUCAAUUUUCCGUAGACGUAGAUCGUAGAUUGUAGAUGACAAAUCAACGAAAGUUCAAUAAUCAAUCGGUAGAGGACAGGUCAAAAGGACAGCUUUAUUUGCUUCACUGACAAUGACCAGACGACUCACAAGGGGAAUUACUUUAAACGCUAUGAUGUUUUUUCAACUAUAAAAAGUAAUAAAAGAUGAUGCGAGUGCAUGUGGCUAAUAUUCGCGAUAACCGACGCGCGUCAUUUUUUUUCAAUAUUUUUUGCUAUAACUUCAUGAAAUUUCAUAAUACCAGAGCAAUACUGAAAAAAAUUAUUGAUAACGUAUUUAUUAAGAGAAAACGAUGAUAAAUCGUAUAUAACAUAUAUUGAAACGUGAUUAAUUAUACACCCAAAAUCUAUAUCUACAACGAUGUAUAUAUCAAUAAUGAAAUGAUAUAUCACUAAUGCUUUAAAAGGAAUUAUAAUCAAACGUACCUUGAAACUGAAUAAUUCCAUUUUUCUAGAUUAUGUCGGAUAUAUAUUCAAACAAAUGAUAUACUAUAAUAAAUGCUAUACGAUAUAUUGUUUUUUACCAUUGAAAAACCAAAAUAGCAUUUGAUAUUGAAUAUUGGAUAUAUUUUAUGAGAAAAAAAUUUCCAUUAGCUUAAAUUUCCGUACUUAUAUUAUUUCCUCAUUUUCCAUUUUUGUUUUCUGUAAUAGUCACUAUCUAUAUUUCGUGAGGCAUCAUUAACUUAGGCAAUAGGUAAAUACUUGUGUCACACUAGAUUAAUAUUGAAGAAGAAUUCUACAACUUCUUAAGUAUAAUAAUGAAAAUAUAACAUUAUAAUAUUAAUGUGAAAAUACUAUGAUAAUUUACUCUAGGCAAUACCUACCUUAGGAGUCUAAUAACUAGUUAGAUUCUAUAUAAUGAUAUUAAUUUCUUUUGUGAACUGUAUACGUUCCUAUUAUUGAUAUUAAAUAUUAAAUAUUUAUCUAGCGGAAUAGAUUUGAUGAAGAGACAUAUUAAAUACAGUUAUUAGAUUUAGUAUAAUGUCAUUAAAAUCGUUCUUAACGGAAGUGCCAAUAAUAGUGAAUAAUAAAUAUCCACUGAUGUGUCCUUCCAUUGAGAAUGAGUGGCUGAUCUACGCAUUACUAUGAUAAUAAUAUUAACUAUUUAUUGCCAAAGAAUUAUAUCAGCCGCAUUAUAUUAGUCACAGAAUAUACCUCCUAGCGGGUAUAAAAUAUAUAAUAUAUCAUGUUCGUAUACCGUAAAUUUGUCACCUUCAACCUCUUAAUUGUUUCGUGGUAAUAAUUAACAACAGAAAAGAAAAACGAUUAAGCCUACUUGUAUUUGAGAAUUACGUACCUUAUGAUAUUAUUAAUGCGUGAGACGUGUGCCCUAGAAAGUACAUAUGCCUGUGAGGCUCAUCACAGUCAGUUUCGUAAGUAGAACCAGAUAAAUCUACCAGGUUUUCAUUUUCAUUUCUUUAUGUUUAUCUUGAUUUAUUUUAUGGUAUACUGAUGGGCCGGAUUUUGAUAGUAGUAUAAAUAUAAUUACUUCACUUGAGAAUUUCCAAAAAAAAAAAAUUCACUCACCGAGAUUUUUUCAUCAUCGAGAAUUGUGAAGAAAUUGAAUGGCUCAAUAAAUCCUAAGUGAAUUCAAUUGAGAUGUAAAUUUAAUAGCUUUUCAAGUACACCAUAGCUGUAAAGUAAUUUCAGAUUAAAUUCUCUUCACUCAAGCCACUAACAUCUCUGCCCCAACUGAUAAAUGUUCUCACUGUAAGAUUACCCCUCGGUGAACUAAAUUUCAGCAUUAAAAUUUAUAUCAAUCUCAUGGAAAUGUUAAAAUAAUGAGAUGAAUAAAGGAUAUAAUCGGUUUCAAUCAUCAUUAAGUUGCAAUCAAUGUAUUCCCGAUUUAUUUUCACCGGUAUUUUAUAAUUUUUUAAUGAAAUCAAUUGAUAUUAUGAGACAUAAAGAUAAACUGACGUCUUGACAUAAUCAAAACCAGCCCGGUAGAAAAUUAGGUACGAAUAUUAACUAAAAUACUUAAUAUCUAUGAGUGUAUAUUAUUUGAGAUAUUAGCAUAGAGAGAAUAAUAAUAAAGAGAGAAAUAAAAAUGCUAAAUAAUUGUUCAUCUGCGUUAUAGUCAUUGGAGAGCAAUAUUUACAUUGAAUAUUCCAUAUGGAGAUUAGAUAAAUAGCGACUCAGUAGUUGUAGUAUUGUGGUUCGGUGUUUAACAUUAACUAUUGUAUUAUUUUUCUUUUAUCGUCGAAUCUAAAUGUCGUAGUGUGUCAGCAAUUUGUUGGGAUGAAAGACCCCUCACACGAAAAAAUAAUGGUUAGCGUGCCGAGUCCAAGAUUAUUAUCGGGCAAAAAUGGAAUGAUGAGGUAAAUAAUAGGGAAGACACCCCCUUUAAUGAGAAUCAAAUUUAUUAUCGCGAUUUUUUGGUCAGGAAUAUAUCAUUUAUUGGUAUAGAAUAGAUAAUAUUUCAAUUCGUCCAACAAAUAUCUGACACUUUAGUCGUCAAAUUAUAAGAUAAGCGUACAUAGAAGAGAGCCUAGAUACACACACAUGAUUAUAAUUAACAUUGUAAUAUCACCAACUAACAAAAAAUGAUAUUGUAAAAGCUGAAUAAUAUUAACCAUAGAUAUAUUAUUAGGAAUAUUAUAAUAAUAGGAAUUAUUUUGUCGUAGACAUUGGGAUUUACCUUAUCAAUCGCGUCUGUAGAAUAAAUUAGCUAAUGUACCUAUGACAGGACAUAAACAUAUGAGAACUAGUACGAACUUGAAGUGAUAGUGCGAUAGUUACUUUUUUUAUAUAUUUUUUUUAUAGUUGUGUGGUUUAUUAAUUUGAAACUUAGUAUCCAAAUUAUGAAAUUUCAUGGAUGCCAAUUAUUUCUAUCUAACCUAGUGAAGCUUAUCAGUCCUCUCCAUUAUAAUUAUUUUUACAUUGAUUAUUUUUCUUAUGAAAAUUCUAUCAAUUAUUUACAUUUUACUUUACCUCUCACUGUUCUCAACGUACAAUCGUUGAAUUUCUGCAAAUCAUAGGCAUUGUUUUUUAUCUCCAAGCUUUGCUUAAUAUUUCCAUGUCAAUAAAAUAUCUAUAAUUCCACAUAUUCGCUCAGUUUAUUCGUGCUGAGGUUGCAGAAAUUCUUAGAGGAUUAUACAUCACAUGAGAGAGAAAGAAAAUCAGUGAAUUUAUGAGAGAAAAUACUGUCAAAUUUUUUUACUCAAUUUUUUUCCCUCACUCGCAUACUACAUCAAUGAUAUUGAUUAUCU